AUGAUCUCCCAAGGAUCCCGUGAAGCUGGGACUCCUGGGAUCAUUCUCAUACGGCAGCUGAAGAGAUCCAAGGAUUGGUCCAGAAUCCCAGAGCCAGGAGCGUGCCGUGCAGCCGGGGAGCGUGCCGUGCAGCCGGGGAGCGUGCCGUGCAGCCGGGGAGCGUGCCGUGCAGCCGGGGAGCGUGCCCGUACAGCAGCCCCUUCUGAGCCCAUUAAGAGGGACACCCAGGAUCUCCCCCACUGCAUCCGCGUUCGGAUGGGAGUGUUGGGCUUCCAAGAACGACGGUUCACGGAUCCAAAAAUUUCGUCCUCAAAGGUUCAGCCAGAAACCCAGAGCCCAGUUCAGGAGGAACUAGGGGAACCAAGGACCUAUGACCCCGAGUUCAAAGGACCUAUUUAUAAAAGGAGCUGUACGGAUGUCCUGUGCUGUCUCUUCUUCACCGUGGUCAUCUUCGGCUAUGUUCUCUUAGGGCUUCUGGCCUGGACCUACGGGGACGCCAAGAAGGUGGCCUACGUCACCGACAGCCGCGGGCAGUUCUGCGGCCAGAGGAACACAAACAAUGCGAAGAAGCACUUUCUGUUUUAUUUUAACAUUCUGCGGUGUGCCAACCCCUCUAUGCUACCGAAGCUGCAGUGCCCGACCAGGCAGGUCUGUGUCUCUGAGUGCCCUGACAGGUUUUUAACCUUAGUAGACGUGCAAAAAGACCACGCAGAUAAUAGCAGCCAAUGGGAAUACUAUCGGCAAUACUGCAAACCUGGCUUCAGCGACCCUUUGAAGCCUAUACUAGAAGUUUUUCGGGAUGAUGAUUGUCCAGCAGUGAUUUUUCCCAGCAGACCUUUUCUCAAGAGAUGUCUCCCGGACUUCCGUAAUAUCAGUGGCAUUCUGACCCUCAAAAACAAGACAACGUUCCUUGAUGGAGUUGGAAAGUUAAGAAACAUAACUGAACUCUGGGAAGGUGUCAACGGGGUCAACAUGGUGCUCAUGGGGAGAACCAUCGGCGUGAGGGUGUUCGAAGACUUCGUCAAGUCCUGGCACUGGAUCCUCAUUGGGCUAAUCCUUGCAAUGAUCAGCAGUUUGCUAUUCCUGAUGUUCCUGAAAUACACUGCGGGUGUCAUCUUGUGGAUCUUUGUGUUUGGCGUGGUCAUCCUUAUAGCCUACGGUAUAUGGGCGUGUUACUCUGAGUUUCAUCAUCUUCAUACAAAGCCCGGAACCCCCACACUCUAUGAGAUCGGCUUUCAGUCGGAUUUGAGGGCGUACUUGAAGCUGAAACAUACCUGGUUAAUAUUUAUGAUCCUACUUUGCAUCCUGGAAGUGAUCGUUCUCCUGGCACUUUUGUUCCUGAGAAAGAGAAUCCAAAUCGCCGUUGCACUGCUGAAGGAAGCGAGCAAGGCCAUUGGACACAUCCCACACUCCUUAUUUUUCCCCUUAGUCACUUUCUUUCUCGUUCUGAUGUGCAUUGCCUACUGUACUGUGAUUGCAGUUUUCUUGGGUACCACCGGAGAGGCGAUAUAUAAAGUCCAGUCUACUGACCCUAAUUGCAAAUAUACAAAUGAACACUGUGACCCUGAGACGUUUCAGUCUACCAACAUAAGCAGCGAAUGUCCGGGAGUUCAAUGUACCUUUGCUUUCUAUGGUGGAAAAGCCUUUUUUUACCAGUAUGUCUUAAUUUUCCAUAUCUUCAAUGGAUUUGUCUUCCUCUGGCUGGUGAACUUCUCCAUCGCCCUGGGUCAGUGCACCCUGGCAGGUGCCUUUGCCUCCUAUUACUGGGCCUUCCAGAAACCUAAUGACAUCCCCCCACAUCCGAUCUGUGCUGCGUUUGGACGCGCCCUCCGAUAUCACACAGGUUCCCUGGCAUUGGGGUCUCUCAUUCUUUCAGUUGUCCAGUUUCUAAGACUUAUACUGGAAUACUUGGACCGCAGACUUAAAGGGAAAAGGCAUUCGUGUGCCAAGUUCCUUCUCUGCUGCCUCAAGUGCUGUUUCUGGUGUUUGGAAAAAUUCCUCAAGUUUAUCAACAGAAACACUUACAUCAUGAUUGCGAUAUACGGAGAAAACUUCUGUGCUUCAGCCAAAGACGCGUUCAUGCUCGUGAUGAGGAACGUGGUGAGGGUUGCUGUGCUGGACAAAGUGACAGAGUUCACCUUAUGGACAGGGAAGCUGCUUAUUUCUGCGGGCAUAGGCAUCCUGGGCUUUUUAUUCUUCACAAAAAGUCUCCCAUUCUCAGCGCCAACACUGAAUUAUUACUGGAUUCCUCUGCUGGUGACAAUUUUCGGGUCUUACCUCAUUGCCCAUGGAUUCUUCAGUGUCUUUGCAAUGUGUGUUGAUACCCUUUUCCUCUGCUUCUGCGAAGACCUGGAGAGAAAUGAUGGAAGCCUGGAAAGACCCUACUACAUGUCCCCUAAACUGCUCCAGAUUCUGGGCAAGAAGCAGGUCACACAGGAGAAUUAAGGGCCCCCACACAGGGCCGCCACUGCCAAGGAGACCACCAGGCCGCGCCAGCCCAGAAUUAGAACCCAGGCUUUGAAUGACGGGCAGAGAGUGCCCGGCUCCUUGGGAGGCAGAGAUCUAGGUGCCAGCAGCCACUGGGCAAAGCAGGGCUUGCUUUGAGGCUGCUGCCCUCUGGGGACCACUGGGGAAACGCCAAGCACUUUUUUAAGAAUAAAAAGUAUUC